ACAUAUUCUGUGUUGCGAAGAAGCAUGGGCGAGGGCUAAAGGGCAUACGGCUUACCUCGGGAAGUGAUCUCUUCCCUGUCGGCUGUACGGUUAUUGAGCAUUUUCUGCGAUGGACCGGACUAGGAGUAAGUAGUGUUAAUAUUCACUGAGGUAUUAGACUGGCCGGCUGUGAGACCGGUCAUACCAUUCGUUUUAAUACUGGCUGUAACCCUUUAGCGAGCUUCCUCCACCUUCUUUCCUCCCAUUUUCGUUUUUUCUCGUUUCGAUUUUUGCUUCUGUCUUCACUCUCUUCCUCUUUCUUUACUCUAUUCUCUUUCAUUUUUAAUACUACACUUGCUUCCUAUCCCAGUCAACAUGGUCUGGGAAUCCCGACAAGAGUCCCCUUCGUCCGAUGCGACGUUAGGGCCUGUCCCUCGUCGCAAGCUCCCUCCUCAGCUUCAGAAACUGGUAGACCAUGAUGAUGGGUUUUAUGACGAUGUCUAUUCUCCAUACUCUGUAAACUCAACCGACACCUCCUACCGUUACGCCGCCUACGCCAAUCGCAUCCGCACCCUCCUUCUCUCCGCCCAACGUUAUGUCGCUUACACCUCCGACAUUGGUGAAUCUUUCCGUCCAGUCGCGCAUCCAUACCUCGUGCGCUCUGCCUAUGCCAUCUCCUGGACGUACCUCCUCGGUGAUGUCGGGCACGAGGGUUACAAGGCGUACCUCCGAAACCGUCGCGCAUUAGCACCCGCGGGAGAGGCAUACAAGGAUGCCAAGGAUCUUACGCAAGAGGAGGUGCUCAAGGGAAUGGUGACGGGCAAUUUGAUCACAGGAAACGGCUCGAGACCGUCAGAGUAUGCGGAAGGAAGCUUGAUGCCGUGGAAGAUGACUGGGAUCCCGUUGAUUGAGGAUUACCGGGUAGUUAUGGCGAAGAGGGCUAUAUUCCAGGGAUUGGCGAGUAUGGCGCUGCCGGCGUUGACUAUCCAUUCUGUGGUUAAGUAUUCGGGACGCAUGAUGAAGAAUUAUAAGAGUACUCUUCUGCGCACGUGGGCGCCUAUCGGAAUUGGUCUCUCCGUCGUCCCCCUGCUCCCCUACAUCUUCGACGAACCCCUCGACGAAGUCGUCGAAUACGGUUUCCGUACUGCCAUCGGCUCAUUUUUCGGCAAGGACGCCAUCAAGUCUCUCUCUUUUGACCACGAGAAGGACUCUACCUCUCUCUCGCGUUUCUUGGACUCCCAGAACCCCGACUCUGUGCCUGUAUCUUCCGCAAGUGAUGCCAUGUCGUGGGAGGAGUAUCGCGAGGAGAGAGAGCGGGCGAAGGAGCAGCGGAGACUAGAACGCGCGGAGAAGGGGUCUUCUGGGCCUGUGGCUAUGUUGAAGGAGUUGGUUGGGGCUGGGGAGAAGAAGAAGGGUGAAUAAGCUUUUUUUUUACGGGUGAGUAGUUGACUAGAGAUGGAUGGGUUUAUAUUUUCUCCUUUCAUUGUGUUAUUUUUACAUACCCAACUCUUUAUUUUCGUUUGUUGCUUUGCCGGGGGUGUUGCAUUUGUAUAUUGAAUUGAGAUGAUGGAUAUCAAUACCACUGUUUAUAUUUCAUAGCCUGGAUAGCAGAACAAGUGUCCUAGUGCAUUACUGCAAAGAAAUGGUUCCUCACGCCCGAAUUUAUAUCCUUAACCCUAACCAUGAUCAAUUAUUCAUCCAAACUCAGACAAUCAAGCCACCGAAAAGAGGAGGCUAGAUAGAUUCCGUAUCCCCCACACC